CAGGACAUUUUGGCAGUUAGAUCAUGGCAACCAUAGAAGAAAUUGCACAUCAAAUUAUUGAACAGCAGAUGGGAGAGAUUGUUGCAGGACAGCCAACUGGGCAGAAGGUCCAGCUCGUGACAGCCCUCGGUCGCGGUGCCCAAGGCAAGCAGUUCAUUCUCACCAACCGCGAUGGCUCCACUUCCAGCAAAGUCAUUCUGGCCAGACAGGAUUCGGCUCCAGGAAACGUCUUCCUCACCACUCCAGACGCGGCGGGUGUCAACCAGUUAUUUCUGACCACUCCUGACCUGUCCACACAGCACCUCCAGCUCUUAACAGAUCAUUCUUCCUCAGACCAGGGACCAAAUAAAGUCUUUGACCUUUGCGUAGUCUGUGGAGACAAGGCAUCAGGACGUCAUUAUGGAGCAGUAACUUGUGAAGGCUGCAAAGGAUUUUUUAAAAGAAGCAUCCGAAAAAAUUUAGUGUAUUCGUGUCGAGGAUCAAAGGAUUGUAUUAUUAACAAGCACCACCGAAACCGCUGCCAGUACUGCAGGUUACAGAGAUGUAUUGCGUUUGGAAUGAAGCAAGACUCUGUUCAGUGUGAAAGAAAACCCAUCGAGGUAUCACGAGAAAGAUCUUCCAACUGCGCUGCUUCAACAGAAAAAAUCUACAUCCGGAAAGACCUCCGGAGCCCAUCGGCUGCCACUCCGACUUUCGCGACAGACAGUGAGACUGCAAGGUCAACAGGACUGUUAGAUUCAGGAAUGUUUGUGAAUAUUCAUCAGUCUGGAAUAAAAACUGAGUCAGCUAUGCUGAUGACAUCGGAUAAGGCUGAAUCAUGUCAGGGAGAUUUAAGUACGUUGGCCAGUGUGGUUACAUCAUUAGCAAAUCUUGGAAAAACUAAAGAUCUUUCUCAAAAUAGUAAUGAGAUAUCUAUGAUUGAUAACUUAAGCAAUGGUGGUACCUCUUUGUGUGAAUUGCAUCAAGAAAUGCAGACCAACAGUGAUGUUUCAAGGGCAUUUGACACUCUUGCGAAAGCAUUGAGUCCUGGAGAGAGUGCAGCCUGUCAGGGCUCCAUGGAGGGUGUGGACGGAGGUGUGCACCUGAUGGCUGGAGACGCGAGCACUAACUACAUCGAGAAGGAGGGGCCGCUUCUCAGUGAUUCCCAUGUAGCUUUCAGGCUCGCCAUGCCUUCUCCCAUGCCCGAAGACCUGAACGUGCACUACAUCGGAGAGUCUGCCUCCAGGCUGCUGUUCUUGUCCAUGCACUGGGCACUCUCGAUUCCUUCCUUCCAGGCUCUAGGACAAGAAAACAGCAUAUUGCUGGUGAAAGCUUACUGGAAUGAGCUCUUUACGCUCGGUCUUGCCCAGUGCUGGCAAGUGAUGAAUGUAGCAACAAUACUAGCGACGUUUGUCAGCUGCCUCCACAAUAGUCUUCAGCAAGAUAAAAUGUCAACAGAAAGGAGAAAGCUGUUGAUGGAGCACAUCUUCAAACUCCAGGAGUUUUGUAACAGCAUGGUUAAGCUCUGCAUCGAUGGCUAUGAAUACGCCUACCUGAAGGCAAUUGUACUCUUCAGCCCAGAUCAUCCAGGCUUAGAAAACAUGGAGCAGAUUGAGAAAUUUCAGGAAAAGGCUUAUGUGGAAUUUCAAGAUUACAUAACCAGAACAUAUCCAGACGACACCUACAGGUUAUCCAGACUCCUCCUCAGAUUGCCUGCCUUGCGACUGAUGAAUGCCACCAUCACCGAAGAACUGUUUUUCAAAGGUCUCAUUGGCAACGUGCGAAUCGACAGUGUCAUCCCACAUAUUUUAAAAAUGGAACCUGCAGAUUACAACUCUCAGAUAAUUGGUCACAGUAUUUGAAAGCUGCAGUUGCAAUGCUGUCAACUUACUGUUCUUUGCCAGAACGCAGUAAGACACCAGAUUGAACUCGUGGCUUCUGGGGCAUCUGGAAAUUUUAACUUUAAAGAGUAACCAAAAGUCAAGGUGUUUUUGUUUUGGCUUCCUCAAGGAUUUUUGAAGGGACUGGGCAGGUAGCAGGAAUUAGAAUUUCCCUUCCUGUCUGUCAUCUUCAAAUGAAUAAGAGAUACCACGAAUUUAUUCCUGGUGAAGAUGAUACCUGAUACCUCUUGACUAUCUAAAUAAGAUCUCAUUCUAUUUUAUUUUAUAAAACAAAUAAAUUAGUCUCUUUUUUUCUGACUUGUGUUCUAGUCCUACUUAACUUCAUUAUGAACUAGUGCAAACACUUAAUGGUCAGGAAUCCCUAGGGAGGAGUCUUGCAUUUUACCUGCCAUGAUACUGUGAUCUGUGUGUUCCAACUGCCAUGUCAAAAGACAAUUACUUUACGCGCAGUGGUAUAAGGAUCAUGCUAGGACUCUAGGCUGUGAUCGCUGAGUGUGUAUUUUUUGUCUUGUGAAAAUAUCAUGGCAUCCCUUCCUUGGCAUAUUCCGCUCUCAUUGCUGGCGGUGAGACCUACGCCAUCCACACCUUAAAAGUUGACAUUGUUAGUGUUGUGUAUUAUUAGUUGCAAGCACUUGUUAUUUAUAUAGCAGAAAAUUGUUUUUGAGAAUAAGAUAGGGUUGCUGUUUUAGUAUUUUUGGUUUAUUGCUGUGUUUUUAAAGCAGUAGAGACAAAUUGAGCCCAAAAUGUUUCAUUACUUCAAAACAGAUAUGAGAAUUGUUGCUCUUUCAUUCCAUAAAAAACAUCUGAUCUCUCUUCCACUGUUCUGACCUGUGUUAGAGUUUCCUGACCCUGCCGUGGGUUUUAGCCUGUUUCUUUUAGGUCACUAGAAAAACUCACCCAAUUUGUCAGUUAAUGGGUUUCUCGAAGCCAGUCUGUGUUUUCAGGGUGAGUUUAAGCAAUUACAGCAGUUGACAGUUUUUUUAAGAGAGAAGUAUGCACGGCUUCUUCGCUGGAAAGCAGGGGGGGAGGGGCAUCCUGGAACCUGGCUGCGCUGCAGCAAGAGCUUGCCCAGGACAUCUUCCCUGGUUGCGUCUUUCUGGCAGACCUGACUGUUCACUGUCUCUUUGCUCUGGUUUCAUGAUGAAUUAUUUUGGUAUGCUGUUGAUUUUUAAGACACAAAUAUGGAUAUUAUAUUGCACUCAGAGUACAUUUUUUAUAAAGAUUUUUGCAAUAGAAGAAGAGCUGAACUUUUUUGUGGGAAUGUGGAUUCUACUACUACUUUAUAGUAAUCAAAAGUUAGGAAAUACCAACUUACAGACUUUACCAGCUUAGUUAAGGGAAGCUUUUUUCCCCAUAUAAAACAUGAUCUUAGUCAACAGUUUUAUGGGUAACUACUACCUGAAAAAACACUGCAUUUAGUGUAAAAUACUCAAGUGAAAAAACCAGUAGGUUUAUACAGCUUUAUAAAUACAGCAUAGUAAUCCAAGGAAUCAGGGACAUCCGCCUUUGAAAUGUACCAAUGGUUAAUUAAGAUAUUUCCUUCAGGUAUUUUUCCUGAUUAAAUUUGUAGUUAUAUUUGGGAGCAUUUUAAAAACUAUAUUAAAAUAUGACUUGCAAUUUCUGUAUCUUGCCAAUAUAUUUGUAAAUAUAUUCAUUGUCCUAUUCAGUGA